AUGGCCAAAAACUACGGCGAGCUCUACAACAUCCUCGGCUGGGGCGAGCCCUACUUCACGAUGAACUCCCUGGGACACCUCUGUGCCAAGCCCCAUGGCCGCGAGACGACGCCGGGGCAGGAGAUCGACGUGGACUCCGUCAUCCAAAAGGUCUUAGCGGGCAGCACCAACGACGGCAAGGAAGUCCAGUUCCCGAUGAUCCUCCGCUUCCCCGAUGUGAUCAAGGUCCGCCUCGACUCUCUCCACGCCGCGUUCAAGGACGCCGUCCACAGCACCGGGUACAAGAACAGGUACCAGGGCGUGUACCCGAUGAAGGUGAACCAGAACAGGGACAUCAUCCAGGACCUCGUCAGGUUCGGCUACGACGAGAGCGGGGUCGAGGCAGCCUCCAAGCCGGAACUGCUCAUCGCCAUGGGCUGCCUCACCAAGGCCAAACCAGGAGCCUACUUGGUGUGCAACGGCUACAAGGAUGCAGAUUUCAUCUCGCUUGUGCUGUCGACGGAGAUGGUGUACAAGGCGGUCAGCGAGGCCGCCGGCAUCUACUGCAACCUGGUGAACAAGUACGGCGCGCCGAUGACCAUGCUGGACUGCGGCGGCGGGCUCGGGGUGGACUACGACGGGACCCGGUCGGGCGCCUCCGACAUGUCGGUGGCGACGUGGCGUACGGGCUGGAGGAGUACGCGUCCAGCGUCGUGCUGGCGGCGCGGCUCAAGUGCGACGACAACGCGCGCCAUGAUAACGCACCACUCCAUGAUCAUCCUCGAGGCGUUGUCGGCGAUCCCGGAGCCGCCAGAGGACGAGACCUGCGACCAGCUGCUGAGCAAGAUCCUGGACCUCUCUUCGAAGCAGCCGAGGAUGGCGGGUCACUAUGGUGGCAGCGACGCGGACUUGUACUCGCACGCCACCGAGCUCCAAAAGCAGGGCAUCGAGAUGUACAAGCCGGCCAAGAAGAUGUGCAAGAGGGUCACCAGCGACGCCAACACCAUCUACAACUACCACAUGAACCACUCCGUGUUCUCGCUGGUGGCCGACUACUGA